GCGAGUAUUUUCAUUUAUUUUCAAAAUGGCGGCGGGAAGGAAAAAUUUGAAGUCUACACAGAAAGUUGGUUUUCUCAGUUCUAAGGGCGUUUGUCAGUGCUGUGCGAUUAUUCCGGCCGUUAUACUAGCAGCGAUCUUCGGAGUCACAAGAAUCGCAGCGUUGGCAUCACCAGACAGAGUUCCAACCCAACACACCCUCCUCUCCAUUCUCACACUAGACCUCGGAAACUUACUACCGGAUGGAAGAGAACUCUGGGACUCACUCCGCCACCAAGCAACGAAAAAAUUACAGUCUCUCUCGGAGAACGAAAACGUCCAGAUUUGUGUGUUUGGUUACGUGUCGGCGGUGUUCUUACUUCUGACCAUGAGUUUGGUUAAGAAGCUGCAGGUUUGGGUCACCAGAAGGAAGCCCAAGAGGGGCAGACCGAAAAAGAACCCAGAGGUUGAAUGUUCAGAUGUUCGUAGCUGGUACAGAGUUGGAGCGGUGACCCUCCUGGUGCUGUCUGUGUGCAGUCUGGUGUGGGAGUGGGUCAGGAUGUACCAGAUAGAAGUGGCUAAGAAAGCAGCCACUGUGCACGUGGGUUUCCCCACCAGAUGCAGCACAGACACUAUCGGUACCUGGACGUCCAUAAAAUCCUACCUGCGCUGGCACCUGUCCUGGUCACAUGACCCGUGCGAGCAAUACCAUCAGGCGUUGCUGGUCAACCCCUUCUGGGAGGUCAACCCUCUCAUGGUGCUGACAGCUACAGUGACCAGGUGCGUUGUCCGGCCGGUGGAGCUGCUCAGCGCUGGUGCCGGAACCAGUCUCCGCCUGCUCUUCAGCGAGAUCCCGUCACCAUGGCAACCUGUCAUCAUGGCGACGAUCGUCAUAGCAACCGUCCUGACCCUCACCAUGGCCUGCAGAUACAGGAUCCGAUUUCCUCUCUUCUUUUCACUCGAGCCUUCGUCGAGCAAAACUGACCCCACACAUUCUAAUGCUCUACCUCCUACUAGUACAACUUCUACAAAUGCUAUAGAGGAUAGGAAAGAUGGGACUGUAGUUAAAACACACAAAAAUAGCCGGGAGGUAAAAGAUGAACGUUACAAUCGUCAACUGAAGUUGUUGAGCAAGUUUUCUACACUGAGUAAGAAAAGUGCAGAUGGGGAGAAAAGUUCCUUUGCACACUUACAGGCUUCACCCAGUAGAAAUGGUGGAUAUAGUCAUGACGGUGUGAAGUCUUUAGCUGCUACAAUGUGACCCCAAGUUGCUGUUUUUAAGAAUUAUUUUGCUAUAAUUUAAGGUGUUAUUAUGUUUAUUGGUAAAGUACUGUCAGUGUUAGCUGACACUACAUGUUUUUUUGUAAUUUGAAUUUUUGCCCUUUAGUAGAUGUUUUACUAUAACGUUUCUCACACUACUCAGUCCCAAGUUAGCUUUGUAACAGUCUACCUAUUGGUUAACAGAAUACUUUAAGUGUAAGCAGUCCUUUUAUUAGAUGUUGUACCAUAACAUUUCGUCCCUCAGUCUAGAUGUACAUGAUGUAGCUUAAUUUUGUAACUGUCUGAUGAUAAUCAUGCCUCAAUGUAACUUCAUUUGUAGUUUUAACAUUAUUGUAAUAAGCUAUGCAACUGGUUGUGGAAUACAUGUAGCUUUAGUACUGUGUGUAUAGACUGUUUCAACAUGUCAUGUCCUUAAUAUUGUGCUAUUUUGUUAUUCAAAAGUAUUUUUGAACACAUUUUUGUAACAAACAGCAAUAACAUGUAAUGUCCACAAAAUGGUUUUCCUUUAAAUUUUCCCACAUUCCAUUUCAAGGGAAAAAUUUCAGAAUGAUGAAUAAAUGUCAAUAUUUGUAUAUAAUGAUGAGGAAGUUGUAUCCAUAAUCUUUUUUUGAGGAUAUUACUCUUAUGUUACAACACAAUAAAAAUCUCUUUUUUUUUCUGUCAAAAAAUGGG